AUGGGCGGCCUGGCGGAGCUCUUCUCGGGCAUGGUGUCCAUGGGCCUGGGCGCGUACCUGGCGGCCGUGACGGAGCGCGACACGUACGCCUCGCAGGAGCAGCGCGCGGCCUGCCUGCCCGCCGAGCAGCGCGCCGAGGUGCACAGCAUCCUCGAGCGCUACGGCGUCUCGCGCGCCGCCGCCGCGCCCCUCGUCGACGAGCUCUGCGCAGACGAGCGCCAGUGGCUGCGCUUCAAGAUGGACUUUGACCUGCGCGUGGAGCAGCCCGCCGCCCACCGCGCCUGGGUCUCGGGCCUCACCAUGGGCCUGAGCUACUUUGUCGGCGGCCUGAUCCCCAUGAUUCCCUACUUCUUGCUCGACAACAUCCGCGAGGCCCUCGUCGUCAGCGUCGCCGUCACGGUUGUCAUACUGCUGGGCUUCGGCUACGUCAAGAACUACGUCGCCAUUCGCAACCACCGCGCCGGUGCCUGGGGCGCCCUGCAGACCUUGGUCAUUGGCGUCCUGGCCGCCGGCACGAGCUACGUCAUUGUCAAGAGUUUGGAUAGAGGCGAGACGUGA